AAUAAAACAAUGGGAGAGAGAAAUACAUGGAGAAAAAAACAACACAUUCCUAGUUGUUUAGAUGGGGAUUUACAGCUAAGUAAUAAAAGUUUACGACUGAAUCCACCCGACCAUUGGCUGUGAGGGAGCACGUGGUCCUCACUCUAUGAACAUGAACUUUACGUUCUUGUCUCCUCUUCGGAUCUCCCCAUCUAUCGAAUGAAGAGCCUGCGUUGCUGUUGAAAUGAUCUUAGCAUCCGACUUUUUCUUUCAUUUUUGGACUUUUCGAUGCGUGGUAGAUGGAUUUUAAAGCACAGAAUCUUCCGUCUCGACUACCUCGGCGGCAGUAAUGACUGUAGCCUACAAAAGUCGCCGCCUCCUUUAGCCUUCUUUCUGCUUGUCUAUGUUAUCACCAAGAGGGGAAGGGACAGCACGGGUGACUAAAGUGUGUGCGUUAGAGUCUGUGCUUUGGGAAUGGCAGUGUAAAUACUACAGUCUGUCUGUUACAAGAUCUUUUACCUCUUGUCUCGAUCGGUUAUAUCGAGUCUGGCAGAGAAAAGAUCACAUCCGUGUCCUGCUGAGCCGCCGAGCGUCACGAGAGCAGAAGGAAGUGCGGGAGGACAGUUCUGCACUCGACCUUCACGCGCUCGGAGCAGGUCAAGCUGAAGGCCACACGUGGGAUUUGCAAGACUGUAGUUUUUUUCAGACACCCCACGCGACGUGUGCUAGUGGCAGCAGAAUCACUAGCGGGAUUCGACCUCACUGUAUGAUUCAGGUGGACCAAAAUAACGACAAUGACGUGUCAGUGAAAAUUAAUGGAGCAAGCACUAAAGGCUUCGUCUUCAAGAACGUCUACCCUUGGAUGAGAGAGACACAGUCUGCCAAUGCAAGUCUUGAUAGAACCAGCGCCUGCCAAUCAGGGGCAUCACCGUAUAACAGUGGUGAACUGGACUCUCCAGAGACAGAAAGAAGGAAUGACAGCAGCUCCAGUAGGAAGCGUAUACGCACAGCUUUUACCUCUUCCCAGCUGCUGGAGCUUGAGAAAGAGUUCCACUUCAGUGCGUACUUGUGCCGCCCACGGCGCCUUGAGAUGGCGUCGCUGCUCAAGCUGACUGACCGACAGAUUAAAAUCUGGUUCCAAAACCGUCGCAUGAAGUACAAGAAAGACCACAAGGGAAAAGCAAUUGUUUGGCCAUCCUUUUUAAGUGUCCAAUCUUUAGGAGAUGGUAGUAGUAGUGCAAUGGACAUUACAGCUACAUCCUCACACAAUCUCCAGUGCUUCAACCAGCCGAUCAUGAACUGGACUCAAUGUAGUUAUGGAGACACUAUUUGCAGAGACUGGUUCCUGCUUACAAAGUCAGUGACACCUACUAAAGACAAUGUUUUAGACCUGAGAAAUGCACCUCAACCUGUUCUCAGACAUGACACUUCAAAUUUGGCCUCAGGGCAUUUCAGUUUGCAACAGCAAGAUGAAGGCUGUAUCCUGGGACCUCGAGGACUCUCGUACAUAUGACAGUUUCUAUCUACAAUCAGCCAUUGCUUCACUCUGAGAUCUGCUUAGUUCUUUUCCCACAUUAAUGCACCCUUUGGUCUUAUAAUUACAAGAAAAUGUACCAUGCAAAUCAUGAAAAUGUAAAGUGGGUUUAGCAGGUACAUUUAUUUUAACUUUAUUUAUACAGAAUCCAAUCAAAUCACUGAUGGUUGCAAGAAUAUGUACAGAUUUCACAUGAGAUUGGAUUGUCAUUCCAAACUCUGGCACACAGCUUCACAGCUGCUAUCACUUUGAGAAGAGGCAGGAUUUGUUGCCCUCAGAAGCUGACUUACAGGCAGAUCAUUGACUUAAAAGAGCUGGAGAGCCAAGUUUACUCUCAUGGGCAAAAAGCCAGGGGAGAAUUACAUUACGUUAUCAGCCAGUAUGCAGUAAAGCUGGGAGGGUUUCCUCUGUGGAUAAGUUGUAGCAGGUUCUGUGAAAAGUAAAGAGAUUUAUUAGACAUGGACAUGAGCUCACUUCUGAGAAGGUAUCUACUAAGCUCAGAUGUGUUGGGGGAAAAGCACAAGGAUCCUCAAAACAUUAGCAAGAACAUUUGUUGAUUUAAAUUUUAAUGUGAUAUAUCAGCAGGUCCAUCCAUGCUGAAUAAACGUUUGCUGAAGAAAGCACACAUCUCAGUAUAAUGUAACAUUCUGCAUUUUAUUCCUGUAUUUUCUAUUCUAUGUGCUGAAAUAACUUAGUAAUUACACAGUUAAUGCAUAGAUAUUAGUGGCCAUUAAACAUAUUUUAUGAAAAAUCAUGAUGAAGAAUCUGAAAAGGAAUUCCCUCAAGCAUGCAAUUCAGGUCAGACUGGGAAAAAAAAUGCUCUUUCAGUUGUUUUUUUUUUUGUUUAGUUUAGUUUUGUUUUUGCCCUUAUAGAUUUUAAUAAUGUUUUUUAUUCUGUGUUCAAUGUUUCUUUUGUGACUAUUGCAUUUGAAUAAACUGAAAUAAUGCAUGUAUAAAAAAAAAAUCCAUAGACGUCGUGGUUGUGCUGCACAUUGCAAAUAUGGAGCAACCCUCAAAAUGAUCCUGAUGAUGGAGUGACAUCACUCGGUGCACACAGGGUCGUGUGUUUGCACGAAGUGAACUUUUAAGUUUUUUAGAAUCCAGCAGCACAGCUUUUUGUAUUCUGUAAAACAAUCUACAUAAGCGUGCCCUCCCCCGCCCCCCACCUCUCUCUCUACUAACAU